CUUCCGUCCCUGACACUCAAAGCACCGGCCAUUGUACGGACGCUUCAGCGAAAGCUUGGAUUUAAUCUGUGAAACUCCACAUUUGUUUGACAAAAGUUGUUUUGUGGAGUUUUGCCUCUAGUCCGGAGCCGUUCGGCGUCGCUGCCAUAUGCAACAAAGCUGUUCAUCAACAAGGGAUUGUUGGUAUUCUGGCGCAUCCACCUUGCGUGUAGGCUAGCUCGCGAGCACCCGGAGUUAGCACACGUUAGCUAGCCUUCAAAUCUAAUGGGCAACAGCAGAAUCAUGUUUUUAACAUUGGCUACGUUUGGAAGAAGUCAGGAUUAAACAUCUAGAGGUCUAUAAACAUUCAAAGGAGAAGUCUUUUUUAUUAAGUCAACUGAUUGUUUUUACUACCUGGGCUAAUCCUCGCGGAGUCUCUCCCAAGGAUGAAUGGCUUCAGCACCGAGGAGGACAGCCAUGACGGUCCGCCAGCCCCUCCGUUUUACGGCCAGAGCUGCUGCCUGAUCGAGGACGGCGAACGCUGCGGCCGAUCAGCUGGAAACGCCUCCUUCAGUAAGAGGAUCCAGAAGAGCAUUUCCCAGAAGAAGCUCAAGCUAGACAUCGAUAAGAGCGUGCGUCACUUGUACAUCUGCGACUUCCACAAGAACUUCAUCCAGAGUGUGCGCAAUAAAAGGAAGAGGAAGACGAGUGAUGAUGGCGGGGAGUCCCCAGAUCAUGACGUAGAGGUGCCAGAGGUGGACCUGUUCCAGCUCCAGGUGAACACGUUGCGGCGCUACAAGCGACACUACAAGCUGCAGACCAGGCCCGGCCUCAACAAGGCCCAGCUGGCUGAGACCGUGAGUCGCCACUUCAGGAAUAUUCCGGUGAACGAGAAGGAAACGCUGACCUACUUUAUUUACAUGGUAAAGAGCAGCAAGAGCCGCUUGGACCAGAAAGGGGACAGCAGCAAACCGCUGGACUAAAUAAAAAAAAGCGCUAACGUUUUCAACCUCCCACAGCCCUCAUCAGCCACCAUCUCCAAGCAAACCAAAACCUAUUUGGUAUCCUUGGAGGACUUUCACUAGAUAGUCACAAAUGAUCCAUGGACAUCCUUGUCUUUGCGACCGAGCACCAGGACUCUUUGUCUCAGUCGCCACAAGGACUUGAUCACACUGUUCGAUAGAAGCGCUGCCUUAAGAGUUAACUCGUUUAGGGUUCUCAACCUUUGAUGGAAGACCUCCCGCAAAGAACGUCUGGUGGAUCAGAUCAAGAUCAAUGUCUUACCUACCUACAUGUAGCACCCAAGGACCAGAUACCAAAAGUACGUCACGUACGCUAAAAAACGUCUGUAACGCAGAUUCGAGUUUUUUUCAUCAAAGGACUAUCCAUUGAAACAAUGCCACCAUGUCAGGAAAUCAACCGAAACCUGUAAUGAACAUUUUAUGUCAACAGAGGGCGCCACUAAGCUAUAUAGUUGCCAUCUUCAGCGUCCUUUGUCUGAUGAUGAGCAUCCUACUUUUACACAACAGACUCUUCCCAAGGGUUGGGAGCUGCUUUUAUUUUAUUUCUCCUUUAAUAACCCCCACCCCCUUUUGCUUUAGUUAACAAGUUUUGUUUUUUUUUAAA